CACCCCCCUCAAGAAGACCCCGGCGCCUGUCAAUCACGACGCAUUCCAGCCAAUCCCAAAGCUCCCAUUGAAAAAAUCCGCCGUGCCUGCUGUGCUUUUAUAUUUUGCACCGCGGCCUGUUUGCGAGGGCACUCUCACGGCCAGCGUCGGUGCCACAAAUCAGGAGGGCAACAGAAUGGGACUUUUACGCACGGCCGUGCGUCUUUGCGCAGCCGAGUUCGCGGCCAAACGUCUCACAUGCAGAUGAUUGAAAGACAUUUUGAAAGUGUGCGGGGGUUCUUCUAACCGCCAGUCCAAGCAUGAGCGGCCUGCCGAGGUUCUGCCCUCUGCCGUGCGUCAGCACCGGCGAGCCCAGCGUGGCGCUGCCACCUUUGGCCGGGGAGCACCCCGCUGGCACGGCCUUAAAACUCUGCCCCUCGCACUCUUUGCGGGACUACCCCGAGGCGAGGUCCUGCGCCUACGUGGACCACUCGCUCCCCCACUUCGCGGAGCCCUGCAGGGGCUUCAUCAUGCCGCCCGGCACCGAGCAGCUGGCGUCGCCGAGAAGCAACCCCCGGUACCGGGACUUUGCCGGCUGCAGGGACGCCAGGACCGGGGCGUUUUUCGGCAGCUACCAAGAGCAGGCCUCCGGCAGCGAGGCCGGUCAGAUGAUGCUCGGCCUACCCGGGGACCUCCUGGCCCGGACUCACCCGUACGGGCCCGGCCUGAGUCCCAAGGGAGGCGGGCAGCAGCUCGUCACGCAGUUCCUGGGUCUCUACAAGCCGCUGGCGCACCGCGGAGGAGGCGACGCUCUCUUCCGCUGCGUCAAGGCCGAGCUGGUGUGCAAGUGGACCGGCCCGGAGGGACCCGGCUGCAAGGUGCCUUGCUCCAGAGCUUUCGGCACCAUGUACGAGCUCGUCAGCCACUUGACCGUGGAGCACGUCGGGGGAGGCGAGCAGGCCGAGUACGUGUGCCAGUGGGAGAGGUGCGCCCGGGACUGCAAGCCCUUCAAGGCCAAGUACAAGCUGGUCAACCACGUCCGGGUCCACACGGGGGAGAAACCCUUCCCGUGUCCUUUCCACGGCUGCGAGAAGGUCUUUGCCCGCUCAGAGAACCUGAAAAUCCACAAGAGGACUCACACAGGUGAAAAACCUUUCAGGUGUGAGUUUGAUGGCUGCACCCGGAGGUUCGCCAACAGCAGCGACCGCAAGAAGCACUCCCACGUGCACUCCAGCGACAAGCCCUACGUCUGCAGGGCGCCCGGCUGUGACAAGUCCUACACGCACCCCAGCUCUCUGCGCAAGCACAUGAAGCUGCACUGCAGCCAGGGGCCCAAGAGCCCACGUCCUGGGGAAGACACCUCAGGGGCCCCCGUCUGCAGCAGCCCUCUGGGGGCCACGUCCCCGGGGAGUGUGGACGAGCCCUCCACUCCGAGGUCGCGUCUCCCUGCCGGGUUUGAGAGCAUGAGGUCCCAGCCCCUCGUGGACACACUGUUGCUGCAGAGAGCUGGAGCCUACACCAGCAGGGCCCAGGCUGCCCAGUACCACUGCAACCAGGGGGGCCACACCUUCCCACAGCAGAGCACCUGCAGGACUUUCCCCACAGCACCACACUUGCAGAAAGGCUUCGUGAACGGCUGGUACACCUGUCAUAGUGGGCUCGACUCCUAGCUGGUACACCUGUCAUAGUGGGAUCGACUCCUAGCUGGUACACCUGUCAUAGUGGGAUCGACUCCUAGCUGGUACACCUGUCAUAGUGGGCUCGACUCCUAGCUGGUACACCUGUCAUAGUGGGCUCGACUCCUAGCUGGUACACCUGUCAUAGUGGGCUCGACUCCUAGCUGGUACACCUGUCAUAGUGGGCUCGACUCCUAGCUGGUACACCUGUCAUAGUGGGCUCGACUCCUAGCUGGUACACCUGUCAUAGUGGGCUCGACUCCUAGCUGGUACACCUGUCAUAGUGGGCUCGACUCCUAGCUGGUACACCUGUCAUAGUGGGCUCGACUCCUAGCUGGUACACCUGUCAUAGUGGGCUCGACUCCUAGCGGGUACACCUGUCAUAGUGGGCUCGACUCCUAGCUGGUACACCUGUCAUAGUGGGAUCGACUCCUAGCUGGUACACCUGUCAUAGUGGGAUCGACUCCUAGCUGGUACACCUGUCAUAGUGGGCUCGACUCCUAGCUGGUACACCUGUCAUAGUGGGCUCGACUCCUAGCUGGUACACCUGUCAUAGUGGGCUCGACUCCUAGCUGGUACACCUGUCAUAGUGGGCUCGACUCCUAGCUGGUACACCUGUCAUAGUGGGCUCGACUCCUAGCUGGUACACCUGUCAUAGUGGGCUCGACUCCUAGCUGGUACACCUGUCAUAGUGGGCUCGACUCCUAGCUGGUACACCUGUCAUAGUGGGAUCGACUCCUAGCUGGUACACCUGUCAUAGUGGGCUCGACUCCUAGCUGGUACACCUGUCAUAGUGGGCUCGACUCCUAGCUGGUACACCUGUCAUAGUGGGCUCGACUCCUAGCUGGUACACCUGUCAUAGUGGGCUCGACUCCUA